AUGAAAUUGUUAUUUUUGGUGUUCUUAAUAGUACUUCAGUUUCACAGUUUAUUAUUUUCCUAUAAAUCUUCAUCUGGUACUUUUAAAUUAAUAAAAUUAGUGAAUAAUCAUCAAUUUCUGGAGGUUUCUAUAUUAAAGCUUCAAGCCAAUGUUCCUAAGCCCAAUAAAAAAAAUAAUCUCUCAAUGGGUCUUCAAAGCCAAAACCUUGAUAGCAGUUCUCACUCUGGCUCAGAAACUGGUUCACUAAACAGUGAGAAUAGCUUUUCUAGCAGUAAUUCUCUUAUUACAAGUAAAUCCAGUGUAGUUGGUAACAUAUCCGGAAGCAAAGCCAGGGGUGCGAACAGAUCAAGAAGUUUAAAGAGAAAACCCCACAAAAAUAAUUCCUCGGCUAGUGAGGUUGGAACUUCAAGAGAAAUAAAGCCCGAUGAUCAGAGCUCAGAAACCUCAACUAGAAAUUUGGAAUUGGAAGGAAAUUAUGUAAGUAGAGGCAGACGUAGGAGCAGAGGUAGAGACAGAAAUAGAAAUGGAAGUAUAAGGAGUAGAAGCGUAAGUAGAAAUGUAAGUAGAAAUAAGAGUAGAAGUAGAAGUAGAAGUAGAAGUGCAAGUGGAAGUAGAAACAUUAGUAGAAGUAAUAGUAAGAUCAGAAGUAAAAGCAGAAGUAAAAGUAGAAGUAAAAGCAGAAGUAAAAGCAGAAGCAAAAGCAGAAGUAAAAGCAGAAGCAAAAGCAGAAGUAAAAGCAGAAGUAAAAGCAGGAGCAGGAUUAGAAGCUACCACAGUAGCAAUAGCGAUAUUAGUUGUGCCAAAAACAAACACGAAGAAGAAAAACGCUCAAUGCCUGAGGCCUUGCCUAAUUUUAGCUCUUACCCGUUGUCAAAUGAACAAAAGCAAGAAAUGAUUAAAACCAGAUUAUCACUUUCUGAAAAAUUCAAAGAGUCUUGUUCAGACAUCAAAGCUUCAAACCUCUGUUUAUUUUCCACAUUUAUUAAAAAUUGUAAAUUGUUCUUAUCUGAAAGCCUUUCUGAAUUACUGGAUACGGAGCUUUUGGAUGUUUUACAGAGUUUAUGGUUGGGACUUGUUAGUAAUAAGUUUAUUAGCGAUGAAGUCGUUCCUCAAAUUAUGAAUGUCUCGGAAGUUUUGUCAAAAUAUGUUGUUGUUGACUCCCUAGAAGAACUGGAGAAUAAGCAUGCACAUUGCAAACGAAUUGUAGUCAUGUUUUUAAAUAAUGUUGCAACCUAUAUUGAAACGAAGCUAAAAAUCAAAGAACUCAAGAAAGAAAUCAAAUAUCUCCGUAGAUAA